GUAGUAGUAGUAGUAGUAGUACUGUUAUUAGUAGUAGUAGUAGUAGUGAUAUUAGUAAUAGUAAUAUUAUUAAUAGUAAUAUUGCUAUGUAUAUUAUAUAGUAGUAGUGCUAUUAUUAAAUCUUGUAAAACUGGGAACACUAAAAUCAAACGACUCUAAAACCCCCUCAGUUCGAUUCACUAAAGUGACUCUCAGUGACUGAUUCACAUUAAACGAGUCGUUUAAAAGGAACCGAUUCUUUCAGUGAAUCAGCGCUCACCGGUAGCCCACAGGAAGUGAUGGAGUAUUUCUUCUCCUCACGCCCCCGGUGUUGUUGUUCUCCUGCUGCUGGAGUGCGGGUUAGAGUGGAGUGGUGGAGGACUCGGUACCGGAUCUCUCUCUCUCUCUCUCUCUCUCUCUCUCUCUGGAUGAAGAUGAGCAGUUUACAGGCGCUGCACGAGCCGCAAGCAGGGAGGAUCGCCUCUGAGCCGGUCGAGGAUGUGGAUCCCAGCAGCUUCAUUACAGACACGUCUCGCUCUCUGAAGUCCAACUACCCCGUUCAAGUCACUGAUCCUCACGAUAACGUGACUCUACAGCUCAGCUCAGUGCCUCCAGGAUACCUCACACCUCCCAUGGACCGAAUACAGCAGCCUGUCGAAAACGACGCAAGUGCAUUUAUCUGUCCGGGAUCCAUUACUCCAGAUCUCCAGUGCUUGUCGAGCUCCUGCGAGAAGUGCCUCUGCUCCAUUCCACCUCCCAAAAUCAGCGACCUGCUGGACGACGCGGACCUCCUCUACACGCUGCGAUUGAAGCUCGACCCUGCGCACUACACCGUCAAGAACUGGAAGAACUUUGCCAGUCGCUGGGGAAUGAGCUACGACGAGCUGAUGAUGCUCGAGCAGCGGACGCAUGGCUCCACCUCCCACAGUCCCACUCAGGAGUUCCUGUUCCGCUACAGCCAGAAACCGGUGACGGAGCUCACCAAGCUCUGCCAGUUCUACCAGCGCAUUGAUGUACUGCGGCUUCUUCAGCAGUGGGUGGAAAACGACUGGCCCUCGCGUUGGAAGCGAGUACAUUAGCAAAACAAAAAAAAAUGGACAGCUAAUAAAAGAGGGACACGAAGCUCGUGCUUUUUAGAACCAGAGUGGACGAUGGUAGGCGUGUGUGUGGUCCAAACUGGUGGUGCUGCUGGAUUCUGCUGUUUUUAAUUUUUGGACUUUCUGGAGUAUCUUUGUCAAGCAACCCGAGUCUGUAUUUCUUUUCGAAAGCUUACGAGUUGUGUCGAGCCUGAAACCGGAUAGUGAACUGGUUUAAAUCGUUUUAACUGGACAGUGCAGCAAGAUAACCCCUGUGGCUGUGGUGAUGUUUGUCAAUAAAUAAGCGAGUAGAAGGCAUGCUGUAAAUAAUAAUAAUUAAAAAACGUAAUAAUCAAUCCAUGCAUACGGCGUAAAACAUGCCGACUCGACUUCCUCUUACACGGAUAUUUACAGAGCAAGAGGUUUUACGGAUUGAAUACUGACCACUGAGAAACCCCAACAGAUGACGUGAUGUAUUUGUGCAGUGCAUGCUGGGUAACACAGCGACAGAGCAUUAAAUGCUAUGGCUGACAUGCAAUACUGAGAAACCUUCUUAGAAGUAAGGGUUCCUCACGGGUUCUUUGGAUAGUUAAACCUACUCGACUCAACAGGAAGCAAUCUAUUCUCAAGUUCUGCACAGAACAUCAAAGGUUCCUGGAGAAGGACUGUAUUUAUGGAUCUAUGUUUCACGGACAAUUUAAAAGAUCCUUCAGGGAUCUAUGCAGAACCCUACAUGCAAUGCUUUAUAAAUAGAGGUUCCCCUGUGGUUCUUUGGAUAGUAAAGGGUUCAUGUACAGAGAGUUCUACUCAGAAGAAUCUCUUAUAAGGAAGCAAUUUGUCGAGUUCUGCAUAGAACCUCAGAGGGUUUAAAAGAGAGACAGCAGAAAAACCCUUUAUGGUUCUUCACGCUUUAUUGGUUCUGUUGAUAUUUUGUAUUGAGAAGCCCUGCUGUUCAGAAUAUAUUUUAUAACCUUUCAUGUCUGCUGAUUAGAAUUAUGGGAUGUAUGACACUAUUGCCUUAAAGUUAGGCCACAGUUGUCCUCAUGCUGCCUUCUGAAACGAUAUUUUCUGUUAAAUACUGUGAUAUAUAACGUAUACCGGUUAUCAGCAAAUGCCCCAUGUUCACGCUAGCAAGCAACAUGUCACUUGUGUCACUUGAGAAACAGUAGUAGAUAUAUGUGACUUCUAAAGCUAACAAGUUAAACACAAAUUAAGUACCGCACUAAUCGGUGUGAAAAUCGUUUGCGUGAUUUACAUUAUGUACUUCAUACUAGGAUUCGAUUAGCAAAGUGAGCUAGCUGCACCAGAUGCGUACACUCAACCGAGGCACCAACGAUCUCUGCUACUUCCUUCCAAGCUUCAUUUUUCUUCCUAACGUGUCUGUGCAUAUUUAAUGAGAGCUCGUGUACGACAGGAAAAGAUAAAACUACGCUUAUUCUUCCGUUUUGUGCAUCAAACAAUAAAUGGGAACUGAUUGCAGGCAGGAAGUAAAGUUGUGAAGGACAUCGGGCCACACGUGGCAAUAGGAUUGUUCCGAGGAAUCGUUCGAGACAAUCGUUUAGAUUUGUCGCACCGUAGAAUUCAGAAACUCUCUAUUCAAAUGUCAUUUGUCGCUUUGUUGCUCACUAGUGUGAACAUGCGUAAAGGAAACACAGUGUUCAUGUAGAGGCCAGUUAGAGGAUAAUGAACUUUUACCUUGCACUUGAAAUUUUGAGUUUAUUUUGGAAAUGUCCCACAAAUAAACUAACGAUGUCGCUUGGCAAAAUAAUUUCAUACCCCUGUUAACAUUUCUAAGAUUUUUUUUUUUUAAUAUUUGUGUUUUUCCAGGAGGUUUUAAAAGAGGCAGAACUAAAAUAUAUGGGUUUAUAUAUAUAUAUAUAUAUAUAAUGUAUAAUAUGGACCAUUGACAAGAAAUAUUAGUUAUUGUUAUGGAAAAUUUCAUGAUUAUCAUAUGUUUGAUUACACGUUUAUAUUCUUUUAUUUUUUAAAACAUUCUGAUAUGUAAACAGGUUCCUGACUGGAGAAAAAUUUUCAGAAAUAAUACUAAUAAGCAGUGUGUUAAGUAAACUGUCACUGCAAAUCCAUUACUCUUGAUUUAAUAGUUCUUUAAAAACUUUCCCAUUUGCGUAACGUGAAUUGCACUUAUCCAUGUUUGUUUGUUUGUUUGUUGUAUUUUUAACUCAAAAUGGCAAGUCUGAAGUCCUCAAUAUGAUCCUCAAUAUGGGCCACAUGGUGUGUGUUUGUAUAUGUAUGAGUAUGUUUCAUUUUUCAUAAAUAAAUCUGAUUAAUAUUA